UCUUCUCAUUCCUUCUUCCUUUCAGGUUCCACCCCUAUUACUCUUCUUCCUUCAUUCUCUUCUUUUCUUUAUUCCUCUCUCUCGCUCUCUCUCUCUCUCUCAUCAAUCAUGGGUAAAAGAGAGAGAAUAUACAAACACAGUGCUAUCAAGUCCUCAACUUUCACGCUUUUGAUUCUCACACCCUUCUCCCUUUUAUCCUUCAUCUAACACAUAAAAAAGAAAGACACAAACUCCAUUAUUCUCACAACACAUUCACUCUUCUUUCUCUUGCAUUGUGUUGAAGCUUGAACCUCCUUUAAUUUCUGGUUCCAAAGUUGGAACCUUUUGCUCCUAUUUAGCUCAGUUUCCUUCUCUGGUUCUUUCUGGCCAUGAUGAUGAGCUCACAGCACUUCAACAAUGGUGGAAGUGAUGGUGGUGGUAGGUUCUUCCCUUCACUCCCUGUUCCUCCUUCUUCUUUUCCCCUUGUUGUUCCUCCUCCUCCACCUUCUCUGUCCAACACUUCAGGGGUUGUUGUGAUGGGUCAUCAUCAUCAUCAUGCAAAUGGGGUAGAGAAUCCUGAACUUAUCAUGAUGGGGCUUCAGAUUUUGAGCUCUUCAAAGUGGAAAAUCGGAACCAACAACAACAGUGAAAACAAGAGCUUGUCUUUGAAGAUUGGCGACGAGGAAGAUGAAAUAGAUGGAGGAGAAGAAAGAGAAGAAGGUAAUAAUAAAGGGCCUUGUUCUUCUUCUUCCAAUGGAGGAAAAAUUGGGCAUGUGAAACUCUGUGCUAGAGGCCAUUGGAGACCUGCUGAAGAUGCACAACUCAAGGCCCUUGUUUCUCAAUAUGGCCCUCAAAACUGGAACCUCAUUGCAGAACAUCUCAAAGGAAGAUCAGGUAAGAGUUGUAGACUAAGGUGGUUUAAUCAGCUAGAUCCAAGAAUUAACAGAAGAGCUUUCUGUGAAGAAGAAGAGGAGAGACUCUUAACUGCACACAGAAUGUAUGGUAACAAAUGGGCCAUGAUUGCAAGACUGUUCCCUGGAAGAACAGAUAAUGCAGUGAAGAAUCACUGGCAUGUGAUCAUGGCUCGAAAGCAGAGAGAGCAAUCAAGCAUGUAUAGAAGGAGAAAACCUACUCCUGUGUUUUCUCCUCCUUCUGUUGAAGAAGAAGGUGGUGUUCUUCUUCCUCCACCCAAGGCUUUGGAAUUGACUCUAUCAUCAAACAAUAAUAAUGUAGCCAGUGAUGAUCAGUUAACUAUCUCAGAUGAAUCUGUCUCAACAGAACUAACUGCUCCUACUUCAUUUUUUCAUAAGAUUGGUCAAGGUGUGGGUGGAAUGAAUGUAGGUUAUGAGAAAUUCUAUGGUGGUUGGAAUAAUGGAAAACUUAAGUGUGUGGACCAAUCAAAUUUUUCAGAAUCAAAUAACUCAUCAUCAGAAGUCUCAGUAUCUGAGUCAGUAGGCACCACCAAUAGGUCCUAUCUCUCAAUUUCUGGAGAGAGUGAAAACCAUAACAUCAGGAACAAGAUUAACAACAUGCCAGCAUUCAUUGAUUUUCUUGGGGUUGGAGCUACAUAAUUUCCAAGGGUUAGGAAAGUGAGGCUAAGCUAGCUAAUAGGCAUUGUUGUGUUUUGUUUUGGAUGGCUUUGUGAUGCAUUCAAAUGGGGUCUGUUGUUGUAGGGUCCUGUUUUGCAUUCCCUUUUGUACAGUUAGUUCCAUAAAAGGCUAAAAGUAACUAAAGUAAAAAAGUGCAAUCAAUAGAGGGAUGAACAAACAAAAAUUUGGAGAGAGAAAGAGAAAAAAAAAAAGGAAGAAGGAAAGAGGUUAAUAUUUAGUACUUAGUAGUUAGUAGUAUGACAUGUUUGUUAUGAUCUUAUGACUCAUGAUGAGUAGUUAUGGGAUUCAAAAAGGUAUGCUAUUUUUUUUUCAAG